AUAUCCGGAUUUGUUGAAUGAGCUAUUUCUUGUUUCAAAGAAGUGAGAAAACAAAUAACAUUAUUACUUCAAUUAACUUAAUUCUGGUUCCGACUUUCUGAUAACCCGUAAUCCUGAACAAAAUGAACCAUACUAAUAAUCAAAAUCAAAGUCAUCAAAAUAAUACUAUACCUUUGACUGUGAUAGAUUUAACAAAGGAAAAUGCCUCCAAAGCCACUAAUGCUUGUUAUUCAAUAUCACCUUCAAAAAAGCAACGACGUCCUGAAAUCAUAAAUGAGUCUACUGAUAUUAGACCGCAAAAACGUAGCAGAAUAGAACAAGUUCAAGAGCAUAAAACAUUUUUUCAAGGUGUAAUGCAUCUGUCUAAUAAUCGAGAAAUUUUACCUACACCACGUACCCCUACGCAAACUUCGAUUGAAACGCAAUCUUCUUGUAUAUUACAAAAUAACCCAAUAUUACCUCCUCCCUUAAAUUAUUCACAAUAUGUACCACAUUCACAAAAUUUUAAUAUGACAAGUCCUUUAAACGGGUUAAACGGCUUGGACCAACCUUAUAAUAUAGGCAUGAUAAAUCCUACCGUGAUUCAAAUACCCCCUGUUGCCUCUAAACCUUCUCCUAGUAGUUUUAGUAGUACUAGUUCUAGAUCUCCUAAUCAAAAUUCGCAAGAAGUUAUUGAUCUGACGAAUGAUAGUAGUGAUGAUAAUGAUUGUGUUAUCGACGAGAAAGAAACGAAUAGAGAUGUAUGCUGGGGUAUGAUUGAUACGGAGGUUAUAAUUUUGUAUCCAAGACCUUGUUCAAAUGGAAAAGGUGAAGAAGAAGUACAAUUAAGGAGAGAGUCGGGAAAAAAUGAAGAAAUUCGUGUUAUCAAAGACUAUGAUUAUGUAUUCGGAGUGGUCGAAGUAAAUAUAGCUAGAAUAUUGAUUCCAUUAAUGGAUAAUAACCUUGUCUGGACGGAAGCGACAAUCCCAAAAAAUUGGGCUUCUACGGCGAUAAGCAUUCCUCUUCAUAUUAUGUUAUAUGGGCGUCCUAGCAAUACUAAAGCCGUAAGCACGCAUCUUUAUGAAAGAAGGCUGUUCUUGAAAGAUCCGAUAGUUUAUAAUGUGGAGACCCGUUAUUCAAAUCCACAUACUAUGUCUGGUAAUGUUUAUUCAAAUAAAAUUAAUCAGAUAGUAUACAAAGGAUACUCAGGCGGCAGUUUUGGAACAACAAAGUCUUCGGAAGAUAUUAAGAACAAAAUGAAUAAGGUUUUUAAUUCUUUGAUGACUGCUGAUAAUAUGCCCGAGUUAGACCCAGAUCAAAGAUUGAUUACGACGUUAUACAAACAUCAAAAGCAAGCAUUGUAUUUUUUGGUGAAAAGAGAACAAUACAAUGAUUUCACAAAUGAUCAGACUAACGAAUUGAUGUCAUUAUGGAGAACUCGAAUUAGCGCAGGACGUCAUUUAGUUUAUUAUAAUAUCGUAACUAAUUUGGAGGUCCAUGAAAAACCGGUUCAGAUGAGAGGAGGAAUAAUAGCUGAUGAUAUGGGGCUUGGUAAAACUAUACAAAUGAUAGCGCUGAUACUUGGUACGCAGAAAGAAGCUGUAGACUUCGCAAAAAAGCCUUCAGCAGUAUCAAAUAGUGGCGAGUCAUCUUUUUCAUCAUCUAUUCAAUCAGGAGACGAAAAUUCGAUCGGGAAUUUUAAAUCUAAGGGAACUCUUAUUAUAUGCCCCUUGUCCACCGUCGCGAAUUGGGAAGAACAACUUGUUAAUCAUGUUCAGGAAGGAGCUCUUAACGUAUAUGUAUAUCAUGGAGGUUCUCGUACUUCAGAUCCUUCCCAUUUGAUAAAUUAUGAUAUUGUUAUCACAACUUAUAACGUAACGGGUACCGAAUUUAGCAAGCAAUCAAAAGGCCAAAAAAACCAGCAGUCAAAAAUCAUUGCGAAUGAUAGUGAGCCGACCAAUUCUCCAACACCUUCAGCUUUGCAGCAGAUCCAUUGGUUCCGCAUCAUUUUAGAUGAGGCCCAUAUAAUUAAAGACGUUACCACAGUACAGAGUCAAGCAGCAUGUUCUCUUAAAGCGGAAAGACGUUGGUGUUUAACUGGAACACCAAUUCAAAAUAAGGUAGAAGAUUUAUUUGCUCUUAUUAAAUUUCUUCACAUGGAUCCUUUUAGUGAUAAGGAAAAAUGGAAACAAUACAUUUUACGUCCAAUAAAAUCGAUCGAUCCUGAUGGUAUUAAUAGAUUACAAACUUUGAUGAAAUGCAUAACUCUUCGUAGAACAAAAACACUUAACGGGAAGUCACUAUUAGCUUUACCACCACGUAACGAUCAUAUUCGCUACCUUGAACUUAGUGAUCACGAGCGUAGAUUGUAUGAAAAGAUGUAUAAUUAUCAAUCUGAACGGGUUAGAAAGUACACUGAAGAAAACAACAUAAUGCGACAUUAUGUUAACAUUCUACAGGCCUUAUUACGAUUGCGUCAGAUUUGUGCUCAUUAUUCAUUAGUCAAGGAGUCGGAAAUUACUGAAGAUUUAGAUGAAGAAAUCGUAAAUGAAGGAUUGACCUCGGCUAGAGCGAUGAUGUUACUUAGCAUAGUUAGAGAUAGCGGAAUGGAUCAAUGCGGUUCUUGUUUGCAGGAAUUAGUUCAAACUGUUGUGGUUACUCGAUGUGAACAUUUGUUUUGUAUAGAAUGUGCUAAUAAGAAUAUGAACAAUUUGCCAAGUUUAAUUAGUGUUGCUAUGUCAUCUGAGAAUCAAGAGGUUUCAACAGACUGCCCAAUAUGUGUGCGAAAAUUAUUUUCUGGUGACGUUUGUGAAAUUAAUGACUCUAAAGUUCUUGAGAAUGACCAUAUUAAGAGAUCUGAAAGAGAGAAGACUGCUCAUAGCACCAAAGUCAAGGCACUAAUUGAAGAUUUGGUUCAAGCAAAGGAAGAAGGCGUGAAGAGCGUAGUGUUCUCACAAUGGACCAAGAUGUUGGACUUGAUCGAGGACGCUUUAAAAGAAAAUGAUAUUAUUUUUACUCGAUUGGAUGGCACGAUGUCUCGUGCAGAACGAACACAAAAUAUGGAUACUUUUAAACAAAAGGAUAAAGUGAGCGUUAUACUUGUUUCUUUAAAAGCUGGUGGUGUUGGGUUGAACCUAACAGCUGCUCAACGAGCAUAUCUUAUGGAUCCAUUCUGGAAUCCGUCAGUUGAAAACCAAGCCAUUGAUAGAAUUCAUCGUCUUGGUCAAACUUGUGCUGUGGAUACUGUCAGAUUUAUUAUCAAAGAUUCAAUUGAAGAAGGUAUCCUCCAAUUACAGGAGCGCAAGUUACGACUUGCCGAAUUAACCCUCUCUGAAAAGCUAAGUAAACAAGACAUUACCCGACAUAGAUUAGAAGAUCUUAAAGUUCUUUUUAAAUAAUUUUUAAAUUUAAAUUAUUGAUAAUUUAGUCCUAAUAAUUAAUUAAUUAAUAAUAAAUAAUCUUUGAAACAUUGAUUACUUAUUACUUUUUUUUUUUUCCCACAACUCUUAACUUUAUUAUGUCUGGUUACAAUAAAUUUUAAGAGUUGCAUGAUAGACACACGUUUUAAUAUCUUUUAUACCUUUUUAAUGGAUUUGAACCACUUAUUUAUUAAUUUCUCGUUUAAUUUGUUAAAUUUAUUAUUUAAACAACUUUUAUAUUAAACACUGAA